AUGUUAUCACAUGAUACAGUUCAUUCAAAACAAGUUAUUAACAUACAAGAUUUAAUAAAACAUUAUGAUUCGUUAUUAACAAGUGGACAUGAACCUGAAACACAUGCUUUGGCAGCAUUAGAACCAGAUCAAUCACUUUUGGAUAUUUAUUCCACACAAUUAACACUAUUUGAUGUUGUCUCAUCAGUUGCAUUACGAUCAAUUGAUCCAUUUGUUGUUGCUUUUCGAGCAUUAGUAAAUAGAAAUAUUCGUUGUUUUUAUUUAUAA